AUGUCGUUCUUCAUUUCUCCUCGGAGCUCACGAUCUGCUACUAAGAAGAUUGUCCUGCUUGGAAAAACUGGAUCUGGGAAAAGCAGCUUGGCCAAUACAAUAUGUGGAGAGACGCUCUUUCCAGUAAAUCUUAGUGUUAGCUCAGAAACCAAAACAUGUGAAACCAAAACCAAACUUGUUCAUGGUCAUGACUUCUCUUUGAUUGACACUCCUGGUUUCUUUGACACAAACAUGCCUGAGGAUGAUCUGAAGUCUGAGAUAGUUAAGUGUAUCGUAGAGUGCGCUUCUGGGGUUCAUGCUUUCCUCAUUGUGCUUAAAUGGGAAAGAUUCACAGACCAGGGGCAGGAUGUUAUUAAUAAAAUACGCAGUUACUUCCCUGAUGAAGCACUGAAAUAUGCUGUAGUGGUCUUCACUCAUGGUGACCAGCUCCCUGAAGGGAAGAAAAUAGAGGAUUUUAUCAGUCAGAAUAACGCUGUAAAUGAUCUGGUGGAGAAAUGCGGCGGCCGCUGCCACAUCAUCGAUAAUAAAUACUGGAACAAAGAAUCAGGAGAAGAAUACAGGACCAACCAGUUCCAGGUGGAAGCGAUUCUUGACACCAUAAACAGGAUGGUGAUUGGAAAUGGUGGAAAAGGUUACACUAAUGAGAUGCUGAAGGAAUUGGAGAGAAGAAUACAAGAAGAAGAAAAGGCCACACGACAGAGGAUGGUUUACAAGAGGUGUUUUAUAGUCUGACACAAACAUCAUGGUUAAAAAGUUAGGCUGUGUAGCCCUGUGGAAAUUUGAGGAUUAAAAAGGCAUUAGUUAGGGUGGAUAAAUUCAUUUCAAAAUAAAUAACCAUUGAGAUGGGUAAGAUAAAAAAAAAGUUCAUGGUUAAUAAAUGUUAUUUGUGUUCUAAAAGGUGCAUUUGUUAUGUUAUUUAUUUCAUGAUUGUGGAUGUUGUUGGGGCGUUUGGCUGAUG